AUGGCGUCGCCAUCGAGAACUAGAAACGACUCGAACCCGCUACUGUUGUCAUCCUCGCCAAUGUCACAGCCGCAAAUCUACUCGUCCUCACUGCCACGCGACGAAGUCACCGCCCGCUUGGCCGCCCCCAUCCCCGCCGAGACGCCGCCCAUCACCCGCAGCGGCUCGCCUAAACCCGGCGCUUUCGACAGCGAGGGUGGCAUCCCCGCUGGCUCCUAUGGCCAAGGGCCCGGUACCUCAGCUCUCGCGGCCGCCCUCGCAGACUCCCUAGGCCAGACGCCGCCGCGACACGGCACGCCGCCCGUCCGUGUCGCCUCCCCGCCGCCGCCAGCCCGUCCGCUCUCUCCCUCCAACUUCCCGCUGCAGGCUGCCACACCGACAAACUACGGCUCCUUCGACUCGAGACGGAUGUACAUGGGCGGUGGCGCCGGCGGCCCAGGCAGCACAGGCCCCUACGAAGACCCCGAGAUCGUCAAGCGUCACCUCGUGCAGCCUAGCGAGGCCGAGGCGGGCGGCGCCUCCGAGGAGUCAUCCCUCCAAGGCACCGUCAAGGGCAAGCAGCCCGAGCAGGUCGGCGGCGCUGGCCUCAACGACGAUGACUUCUCCAGCCUGCGCCUCCAGGGUGGCGACGUGACUCGCGGCAUCUACAAGUGGACUGAGCAGGCCGAAGCUAAGAGCCGACUGCAUCGCAGCCAGAGCUUCGACCACUCCCGCCCCGAGCCUGAGAACGAGGUCGAGGAUAUCAACACCAUCAAGGUCCCUGGCGGCUUCCGCAGAGACCACCUGCGUCGCAACGCCAAGAGCCCCUCUGGCAACGCCUCCGAGGUCGAGCACGGCGUCCCCUCGCCUGGCGGGGCUGGAAACGAGCGCCUCUUUACGUCGAGCUUUCUCGAGUUCUUGAGCAUCUAUGGCCACUUUGCGGGUGAGGAGCUGGAGGAAGAUGACGAAGCGCUCGGCCCCAACGAGUACUUUGGCGAUGACCACGAAGACAACGCUGACGACCACGAACCCAUGGAGGAUAGCGCCCUCUUACCCCCUCACAAGCGCAAACGCAAGAGAAAGGUGCGCGGCGGCAGCGGCCAGAACAGCCCUAUGAACGCGGCGCUGCUACUGCUCAAGUCUUUCGUCGGCACGGGCGUCUUGUUCCUGCCCAGGGCCUACCUCAGCGGAGGAAUGCUGUUUAGUAACCUCGUCCUCCUUGGUGUAGCGCUCCUGAGCUACUACUGCUUCGUGCUCCUCGUCUCGACGCGCCUAAAGAUUGAGGGCUCCUUUGGCGACAUGGGCGGUAUGCUCUACGGCAAGUGGAUGCGCAGUAUUAUCCUCUUCUCCAUCGUCCUCAGCCAGGUUGGCUUCGUCGCCGCCUACAUCGUAUUCACCUCGGAGAACCUGCAGGCAUUCAUCAAGGCCGUCUCCGAUUGCAAGACGUCCAUCAGUAUCCCGUACCUCAUCCUCAUGCAAAUGGUCAUCUUCCUGCCGUUCUCCCUGCUGCGAGACAUUGGCAAGCUCGGCUUCACCGCGCUCAUCGCCGACGCUUUCAUCCUGAUCGGCCUCGGCUACCUCUUCUACUACGACGUGCUGACGCUCGCCACCGACGGCCUCGCCGAUAUCAUCAUGUUCAACAAGCGCGACUGGACGCUCUUCAUUGGCACCGCCAUCUUCACGUUUGAGGGCAUUGGCCUCAUCAUUCCCAUCCAGGAGUCCAUGAAGCACCCCGAGAAGUUUCCGCGCGUUCUCUUCCUCGUCAUGAUCAUCAUCACCGUGCUCUUCACCACCAUGGGCGCCUUCUCGUACGCCGCCUACGGCUCCAAGACAGAGACGGUCGUCUUGCUCAACCUGCCCCAGGACAACAAGCUCGUCAACACAGUGCAGCUGCUCUACUCGGUCGCCAUCCUGCUCUCUACGCCCCUGCAAAUCUUCCCGGCCAUUCGUAUCGUCGAGACGGAGCUCUUCACCCGCAGCGGCAAGUACAACCCCUACAUCAAGUGGCAGAAGAACGUCUUCCGCUUCUUCGUCGUCAUGCUCUGCGCUGGCAUCGCCUGGGGUGGCGCCGACAACCUCGACAAGUUUGUCGCGCUGGUGGGCAACUUUGCCUGCAUCCCGCUCGUUUUCAUUUACCCGCCGCUCCUUCACUACAAGGCCGUUGCGAGAAGUCGCACGUGGAAGUACUCAGACAUUGUCCUUUGCAUCUUUGGCUUCUUCGCCAUGACCUACACCACCUCGUUGACCGUCAUGAGCUGGGCCAACUCGAAGCCCAAGGCGCCCGGUUACUGCGAGCGACGAGGCCUCGGACUCGACACCUGGUAA